AUGCUCCGAGCCCUCCUCGGAGGCUUUUUGUUGUUGUUUGCAAAUGCCGUCGAGACGCGCUCAGAGAACGCGCCCUCGUGGCCCGACGAGUUCGUAUCCACCCUUGCCUUCCGAAUCGUAAAUGGCACGCCCCACGAUAUCCCUGAAGCCCCAGCGCGCACCGACGGAAACGUUUCGGAUGAUGCGCACGCCGUCGUGUCCGGCGCGUCAUUCGAUCGCGCGUCCAUCGAUCACGGACACGCUGCGGUGCCCAACUACGCCCCCGAGGCGUGGAAGUCUCAGGGGGCUUUCCUGGACGCCUACGCUGCGCUCCACGGCGUGCCGCAGGUCAAGCUGUCCCAGCUCUUGAACGAGGAGUACCUCCUGGAACUCGGGAGUGCCUUUCCAGACGACCCCGACUUUCCCGCGAAGCCGUCGAACGGCAACUACAGGUUCAGGACGUAUAGGUGGAUCAGCAGGAUGGUGGACGUUGGUACCCACGGGCGCGAGAAGUUCCCCGACGACGUGACGGCCGCCAUUCGUGAACGCUGGCCGUCAGAGGAGUACACGGGGUACAAGCCGAGGAGGUGA